AUGAGAAGAGAAUUAACAAUAAAACAAGAUGAUUUCUGGCGAUUAAUCAAUCGUGAACAGUUUCUUUUGCAUUAUUUUGAUGCUCGACUACGAUACCGUCUGCCUGCCUUAGAUAAUGAAUGUGUGUAUAUUCAAGUCAACUGUAGUGAAAAAACCACCGGUGAACACGCAGAGCAAUAUAUUUUAUCCUUUCUCGAACCCAAAUAUACCAAAUCGUUAUCUUUUCCAGCUAAUAACAAACAAGCUUAUUGCGAUGAACAUUUGUUAAAUCGUUUAAUGAAAGAAUAUCUCGUUCAUAUUGAAAUUGAAGACAAAGACAAUGCUCAUAGACUCACAUUUCGCUCAUCAUCAUUGACAGUUCUGUUUUUGGCAAUAGAUGAUUUUCGCAAGACAAUGUCAAAUACACUCGCAUCAGAUAAGUCGGCUGAUAUCGAUGCUGAAUCAGUUUUACAGUCGUUGACAACCAAUUUGGAGAGUCAGUUGAUGGUCGUCGAUCAGCAAGAUCAACUCGAUGAACAAGAAAAGGCUUCAUCGACUCGAAAAACUCAUCAAGGAAAGAACAGUACUCCAGGUGACGAUGACGACGAAGAAGCAUCAGCAGCUGCCCUUCGAGCAAGACAAGAGCCACAAUUGAAAAUUUUAUAUCCCGGUGCUGAAGUAUCUACCCGUGAUGUUGCUCUAGACGAACUUAUCGUCAAAAGCAAGAAAAAGAACACUCAAAAUCGUCAUAAUAACAAUCGGCAAGAGACACCAGAUGUCAAUGACAAUGAACUUGUACGUGAAAUGCGUCAAAAACUGAAAGGACGAAAUUUACGUGAUGUUAUUAUCGAUGGAGCGAACAUUGGAAGAACAUACGGUGAUUCAGAAUUUUCUGCACAUGGAAUUCAAUUGGCUGUGGAUCUUUUUCAUUCCUAUGGUUAUCCAGAUUCGAAAAUAGUUGUCAUUUUACCAGCACAUUACUUGUCGAAAGAUAAAGAUCAUGUUUUUCCGAAUUUGAUCCGUCGAAAAAUAGUUCAUAAAGCUUUUCAACAGAAGAUCGAUGAUAAAAACAAGCGAUUUUAUGAUGAUAGAUUAAUUGUUGAUAUCGCAGUUAUGCGCAAUGGAGUGAUCUUAUCAAAUGAUUUCUAUCGGGAUUUACUUCAAGAUUCAGGUGAUGCUGUGCGUAAAGCGAUUAGGGAAAGACUGUUGUGCUAUCGUUUUAUUGGCGAUAACUUAUGUCUGCCGAAUCCCGUAUCGGAAGGAGGUCCACCAUUAGAUGUGUUUCUGACGAUAUGA